UACCAUACACACGUUUUAUUUCUGUUACAAAAUUUCAAUAAAACACGCACACAACAACCACGAACAAAAGCAUCUAUUCAAAGAAGCUUCCCAGAUUCUACCCUACGAAGGUUGUAUUAAGUUCUGAUCAGAAUUGAACAAAUCAAUUCAAAUCUCAAAUUCACAACAGGAAAAAAACUUAACCUCUUCUUUGAUUAAUUUAUCUGAAUGUCAGCCACCGAACAGCCGGCGGCGGCGGAGUCCACCACCGUGCUGUUCGGCAAAUAUGAAGUCGGGAGACUCCUCGGCUGCGGCGCAUUUGCAAAGGUAUACCACGCACGCAACAUCGAGACAGGGCAAAGCGUGGCAGUGAAAGUCAUCAACAAGAAGAAGGUAAUCGGAACAGGACUCACUGGGCACGUGAAGCGUGAGGUUUCCAUCAUGAGCCGCCUCCGCCACCCGAACAUUGUUCGCCUCCACGAAGUGCUGGCCACGAAAACCAAAAUCUACUUCGUCAUGGAGUUCGCUAAAGGCGGCGAACUCUUCGCCAGAAUCUCCACCAAGGGAAGAUUCUCGGAGGAUCUCGCUCGAAGAUACUUCCAGCAGCUUAUCUCCGCCGUCGGUUACUGCCACUCCCGCGGCGUCUUCCACCGUGACUUGAAACCUGAAAAUCUCUUGCUCGAUGACAAGGGGAACUUGAAGGUUUCUGAUUUCGGGCUCAGUGCGGUGAGGGAGCAGGUUCGAGUUGAUGGGUUGUUACACACGCUUUGCGGCACGCCGGCUUACGUGGCGCCGGAGAUUCUGGGGAAGAAAGGUUACGACGGUGCUAAGGUGGAUGUGUGGUCAUGCGGUGUGAUUCUCUUUGUUCUCGUCGCCGGGUAUCUUCCAUUUAACGAUCCCAAUUUGAUGGUGAUGUAUAAGAAGAUUUACAGCGGCGAGUUUCGGUGCCCGCGGUGGUUCUCGCCGGAGCUCCGGCAGUUUUUGGCGAGGGUAUUGGAUACGAAUCCGGAGACGAGGAUCACUGUGGAUGGGAUUGUGAAUGAGCCUUGGUUUCGGAAGGGGUAUAAGGAGGUGAAGUUUCAUGUGGAGGAGGAUUUAGGGGAGAAGGUGGAGGUGGAGGAGAAGGUGGUGGAGCUGAAUGCGUUUGAUUUGAUUGCGUUUUCUUCAGGGUUGAAUCUUUCGGGGUUGUUUGAUGGUGAAGUUGGGGAGGAGGGAGAGAGGUUUAUGUUGCGGGAGUCGGCGGAGAGUGUUGUGGAGAGGGUGGAGGCGGCGGCGAAGGUGGAGGGGCUUGGUGUGAGGAGGAGGAAGGAAUGUGGAGUGGAGGUGGAGGGGUGUGAUAGUAACUUUGUGAUUGCGGUGGAGGUUUACCGGUUGGCGGAGGAGGUUGUGGUGGUUGAGGCGAAGGGGAGGGGCGGUGGCGCGCUUGAGGUUUGGAAGAAUAAGUUGAGGCCUCACCUCUGCGCCGCAACGACGUCGCAUGAGGAGCAAACUCAGUCCAACCAAACUGUUUGAAUGGAUUGAGGUGUCGGUCAAUUUUUUGGGUAAAAAUAUUGAAAACAUACAAAAUAAAAAUGGAUUAAAUGUGUUUUAAUUCUUGUGUUAAAAAAUGUAAUUUUGGUGGCCGUUGACGUCAAAGUUGUAAUUAUUAAUUAAGUAUUAGGAAUGAUGAUGUAUAUAUGAUUUUGAUGUUUUGUUGUGUUUACAGAAUGACCAAGGAUUUGGGUGUGGAAA